AAAUCCUCUCAAAACCAGUCUUCCUCUCCCUCUCUCUGCUUCCUUUCAUUUCGGUACCCUGUUUUGUUCCUCUGUCUGCUUUAAUUUCACAAUCCCUUCUCAUACACGGUCAAACUUAUAAAUUUCUACACUCGUUUCUUCUCCUGUACGUAUAGAUUUAUAUAUAUUUAUAUAUAUAUAUAUAUAUAGAUGAAGUUGUAGACAAGAUCAUUAAACCAACCCUUUUUUAUGUAAAAUCUUGGUCUUUGUUAGAACAAAAUAAGAGUAAAGAGUUGUUUGAGGAUAAUGGAGAAUGGGAUUUUGGUUUCGGAUGAGGAUACGAAGGAGUAUGCUUUGAUGAAUGAUUCUUCUCAGAGCUGGAUGCAGUCAACUCCACAGCUUGACUUGGUUCAAGCUUUGCAGAUGUUACCUAAUCUUGGCUUGAAGCUUUCCAAGACACCAUCUUUCUUGAACAAGCUAGACCAACUAGUUCAAGAACAAAACUAUAAUAGAGAUCAAGCAAGUCCUAAUUCUGCUUAUGUUACAGCUAAAGCAAAGAUAAAAGAUACUUUACAACAGGCAAAUAAGCUGAAAGCUGAAAACUUUCCAAUUUCAUUGCUUAAAAUUGGUUCAUGGCAGAGGGUAUCAAGAAAUGAAGGAGACUUAGUAGCAAAGUUUUAUUUUGCUAAAAGAAAGUUGGUUUGGGAAUUUUUGGAAAAUGCUUUGAAAAGUAAGAUCGAAAUCCAAUGGUCUGAUAUCUUGUCCUUGAAGGCUGUCAUACAAGAAGAUCAAUCUGGAACUCUUGAAAUAGAGUUAAAUCAGCCUCCUUCAUUUCACCAUGAGAUUGAUCCUCAACCAAGGAAGCACACUCAAUGGAGAAUGGUUUCAGACUUUACUGGAGGACAAGCUCCUACUUUCAGGAGGCACUAUCUUGAAUUUCCUCCUGGAGCCCUUGAGAAGCCUCUUGAAAAACUUUUAAGAUGCGACAACCGAUUAUUUCAGUUGAGUCGGCAAGGUUAUCCAACUCUAGAAUGUCCUUACUUUCAGAAACAUACAUUUGGGAUUGAUUUUUCUUUUGAUUUUGGUGGACAACAACAUGUCAAUCCUGAACAACAACAAUUUUUAUUUUCAAACGUCUCUUCACAGUAUCUUUCUCAAUACUUUCAAACAUUCGAGCAGAAAACACAAAAGUCUAUCAAUCUUAAAGAUUCAGAUUCACCUAUAUCAGUUAUGGAUUUUUCACAUAUAGAUGAGCACACCAGAAAUCAAAUGCCAGGUCAAGGAAUGAACAAUGUUAAAGAUAGUUUAAUUACAAACCAAGUUGGAGGAAUGUCUUUCACUACUGCUUUGGUCCCUCAGGUAAAUUCAACUAUCUCUUUUCAAAACAGCCAUAUACCGAGUUAUGUACAAGAAGUUAUGAAAAAUCAACAUAGGAGACUGGUACCUACACUUUCAACCUCUCAGAUGCAUCCAAUAGCUCUUCAAGAAACUGAAAGGCACCAAUCAAGCUUUCAAAUAUUAAAUGACCUUCAAACCAUGCUAUCGAAUAAUUCGGAAACUGAAGUUUCCAAUGGUAUGACAGAGGACAAUUUAUCCAGAGAACGACAUCUUACAAACAACAUCAGUAAUGUGACUGCAAACUAUGGACAAAAUAUGGUUGAUAAUGUUGUAGUUAUGAGCAACAAUUUGUCAAGUAGUGUCGAUAAUCUAAUAUAUCCUCAAGUUGCUAGCUGGCCUCAGUCUCAAGUUUCUCAUGAGAAUAUGAAUAUGAAUUUGCUGCCUGAUAAUAACUCAUUUUCUUCCUCUGCAACUAUGGAAUAUUUUCCCAACUUCAAUCAUGAAUUCAAUGACUGGAUUUGGAAGUCAGAAUAAUACAUGGUGAAUUUUGUUAGGAUGAGAUUUUAUUACUGCGUCUUAUCUUUUUCAUAUCAGAUGCUACUCAUGUAAGUUGUUUGUUGGACUUUUGUUACUGCAUAUGAUGAUAUAGGAAGGUCUUUGCAUCCAUUUUGCUUUUCAA